UUUCGGUUAUUGAGUGCUAGUUUAUUAAGAAAGCGUUUGUCAACACUGAUAAAACGUUAAUAUUUUUCUCAAUUUUAUGAAAACGUAAACGUAAGACAACAAACAAAAUGUCACACAUAAGUCAGCAACGAUUGAUAGAAAUGGAGGCGGAGAUGGACAGAUUUGAGCAAGAGAUAUUGUCUGAACCAUCUGCGAGUGACCUCCCACGUGUUGUAAUUGGCUCUAAUACAUACCACCAGGUGUCGGCACAGUUGAAAAUGCUUCGAGCUCAAUCUGGAAUGUCAAUAGAAGAGAGGCAGAGAAAACAACAAGAAGUAGCCGAGCAACUGAGGGCUCUAAGAGCAAGUACAGAAGAAGCUAUGAACAUAAGAACACAACAUCAUGAUGAUGAUGACGACGAUGAUGAUGAUGACGAGGAUUAUGCUGAUGAGGGGGACAAAUACAGUAUAGUUGGCCGUCAUGAACCACCAGCAAAGAAGCCAGCUUUAGAUUCUAAUUUCCCGAUCUUACAGCCCCCACCACCACCUCCACCUGCAAUGACUUCCACACCAUCCUUCAUGCCGCCACAGUUACGGCACAGAGCCCCUCCUCCCCCACCCAACAGACCUCCUAUGGCAGGACCACCAAGAAUGAGACCCCCACCACCACAUGCACGACCUCCAUUUGGAGGCCCUAUGGGACCGGGUCCAAUGGGACCUGGUCCCGGAUAUCAUCACGGGCCGCCAAUGGGUCCAGGACAUAUGGGCGGACCUGGGCCAGGACCUAUGAGAGGUCCGCCUCCUAUGGGAAUGAGACCAGGAUUUGGUAUGCCAGGACCUCGCCCAAUGCUUGGUCACCCUGGUCCUGGAAUGUACGGAGUCAGUUCUGGUGAAUCUCACAUGGAUGGAGAACAUAAGAAUGAAACAGAAGACAAGGAUGAUGAUAAACCUAAAGUUAUAUAUUCUUCUGCCCCUGUUAUAAAUGUACAGAAAAAGGAAAAGAAGAAAAAGAAGAAGAAGAAAACAGAAGUGGAUGAAGAGAAGGUUACUACAGCUGGUUCAUCAAGUGGUACAUCAGAGAAGUCAGCAUCUGAGGAAAGUAAAUCUGUAUACACAGUGACGAUGCCACCACCUAUAAAACCUCAACCUGAACCAGACGAUGAUCUACAUGUAGCAGAUAUGGAUAUUGAUAGUCAAAAUAUGUCAAAUAAAAAGGAGAAGAAAGAAAAAAAGAAGAAAUUUAUACGUAUGGCUGCAGGCACAACAUGGGAAGAUCCAUCUCUUGGUGAAUGGGACCCAGAUGAUUUUCGAUUAUUCUGUGGUGAUCUUGGUAAUGAGGUAACAGACGAAGUUCUAGCCAGGGCUUUCAGUAAAUUUACCUCAUUUGUAAAGGCAAAGGUAGUUCGAGAUAAAAGGUCUAAUAAAACUAAAGGAUAUGGUUUUGUGAGCUUUAAAGAUCCAACAGAUUAUGUUCGUGCAAUGAGAGAAAUGAAUGGUAAAUAUGUUGGGAACAGACCAAUAAAACUGAGAAAAAGUAAUUGGAAGGAGAGAAAUAUUGAUAUAGUGAAGAGGAAAGACAAGGAGAAAAAGAGACUAGGAUUAAAAUGAUGAGACUUGUGAGAGGGAUGUACAUGUCAAUAGUUUUAUAUACCACAACACUGCUCGACGACGAAACAUUUGAAAUGAAUUGUCCAGUCAGAUAUUGUCUUUCAGAAAAGAGUUAUCCUGACAUAUAGUGCUUUAGUACUGGUGUUGAUUAACUUUUGCAAUACAUCUGUUUCCACUCUUAAAUAAUUUGAAGCAAUCAUGGAAAACAAAAAAUCUCUUUCUAUUCUUUUGCAGCUUACAUUAUUAAUGUGCAGUUUUGUUUUACAACAAUAGACUUGUUAACUAUGAUCAUACUAAGAAGGUAGUAUACAAUAAGUUGAACUGGAUAGUUAGAAUAUGGCAUAAACUGUGUUUGUGUGACUAGCUAGCCAACAACAACACAUUUCUCCUAUACAGUCAGUCUACUUCUGAAAUAACUUGUAUAUGUCUCAUACUUUAGGACAAUUUUAAUUGUGAAGCCCGAGAAAAUAAACAGACGCACAUACCUACACACCUGGGUAAAUAAAGGCUUGGUUAAAAUUGAUUCUGUUUUGAAUUAUGAAUUGAAAUGUUAGUAUGAAUAUCAGACAUUUUGCUACACAUGAUAAAUUUUGACUCAUGAAGACAUUGGGACAGUCGUGGAAAUAUAAGUGGUAGUAUUCUUGUAAAAAGAAUGCCGUGAUUGAAGUAGAAGAAAGUAAAACAAGAGUUUUGUCUAAUUUUUUUUAGGAUUUACAGACUCAAUUGAGCAUGUAUGUUAUUUCUAGAGUAAUUAUGUCAGUGGAUUAUUUCAAUAACAUGACAUAUGUACUAAACAUAGAAAAUAACAGAAAUAAAACUCUCAUUAUGAAUUGCUGUA